UUCACGACGCCAUUUUAUAUUAGUUCUUUGAAGUGUGAAUUUCAUUUAGUGCUAUCUGAGAAAAUAAAUUUUUCCCUAGUUUAAAAAAAGCAAAUAUCUAUUCAGAAGCAAAUAAAAUGAGUAGCAGUGGGAAUAAUUCUGCACGACCACCACCAAGAAUUGAUGGGAUGAUUUCCCUUAAGGUUGAUAAUUUGACAUAUCGUACAACACCCGAGGAUUUGAGACGUGUAUUUCAACGAUGUGGUGAGGUUGGAGAUAUCUACAUACCCCGCGAUCGAUACACGCGUGAAAGUCGUGGUUUUGCAUUUGUUAGAUUUUACGACAAACAUGAUGCAGAGGACGCAUUAGAGGCCAUGGAUGGCCGUAUGCUUGACGGUAGGGAGUUACGUGUACAGAUGGCUCGUUACGGUCGCCCAACUUCUCCAACACGCCGAACAAACAACAACAGACGUGGUGGUGGCGGCGGUAGACGCCGUUCUCGUUCUCCUGUACGCAGGCGUUCUCGUAGCCCACGACGACGAUCGUACUCACCUCGUUCUAGAUCACGUUCGGCAGCUAGCCGUUCACCAGUUCGACGCAAUAAAUUCUCACGUAGCCCAGUUGGGCGAAAGUCAGCGAGUCGUAGUCAAAGUCGAAAUGGCGUAGCUGGACGUAGUGCUUCACGUAGUCGAAGCCGAUCUUAAAUGAUUUCUAAUAAAGUCAUUGAUUUAAUGAAUCAGAAUUGCCCAAAAUAGUGACCAGUAUGCAUUAAACACUUUCAAAUGUUGAUUAGUGGCGACUUCAUAUAAAAACGCAGUUUAACGCGUUUAAUGCUGCUAUAUCAACAGGUACAGCCUUUAAACAUUUCAAUUGUAGCACUACAUAAACACAAAAAUUAAUGAAAGUAUGUGAAAGAUAAGAUAAUCAGGAAAAUCAAACGUGCCCUUCAUGUAUUUCUUUUAAUAACUCCUAAUUUCAUAGUUGCUCGAUUACCACAAGUCACAUUAUGUUCUUAUUUCUAUAUAUUACACCAAAUGCUGAUGUCAAAUAUUGCUAUUAUAAACUAAUUUCACUUGAGGUGUGUAGCAAACAAUUCAUAACGUAUGAUUAGCCUGAAUAUAUCAAAAAUAUGUUUACUCUACUACUGGAAGCUUAGAAUGCCAUUAAUAUAUAUGAAAUUCAUGAGCGAAAUUAAAAAUAUGGUCUAGAAAGCAAUGAUUUUAUUUAUUUUCCAGUAAUUGGAAAUAUAGAUUUAUGUAAUUAGCCCACAAACAGUUAAUGCGGUGGGAAUAGUUUUAGAAAUAUUGUUUCCAAAAUUAUUUGUACACUCUUAUAUUUAAAAUUGAAAGUAACAUGAACGUAUUGUAAGUUUUAUAAAAAAUAAUAAUAAAUGUAUUCCAAGUAAUUGUA